ACGUCAGUCGGUCGGUGUCCGGUCGCCCGUUUUUCAGUAGAAAACAGUACAAUAACAGCAAAGAUAUCCUUUUCGAGGAUUUUGCAUCACCGUAGAAAGUAGCCUUUACCGUUUGACAACACAAAGAAUCAGUAAAGCACGAGCUGUGCCUUUGCGCUUCGACAACCGGUAACGCGGCUACGUGUACGUGUGCGGUGGCGGCGGUGCAGUGGUACUCUGCUUGCUGGCUUCAUCCACCCCCACGUCCGCAGGUUUCUCUGUUUUCCUCUCGCGGAACACACGAUCCUACUAUUCUGCUGCGAGGCUACAAACAUAUCCAAACUUGCAACGUGCUAGCAACCAUCUAUUCGAAGGGAGACCCUCUCUGCUAGACCACCAAAGUAGCCCAGACAAGUGACACCAAGGAGCAAGGCAAAAAAAUGAAUAUCUUUCGAUUGGCUGGGGACUUGUCACAUUUGCUGGCAAUCAUUCUGCUGCUGAUAAAAAUAUGGAAAACCAGAUCGUGCGCAGGUAUUUCCGGCAAGUCGCAGAUACUGUUCGCUAUCGUCUACAUUAGUCGCUACUUGGACUUGGUGACGACGUUCAUCAGUUUAUACAAUACUUUCAUGAAGCUGGUCUUCAUCAGUGCUGCAGUUGCGACAAUAUAUCUGAUGUAUGUGAAAUUCAAGGCGACAUACGAUCAUAAUCACGACUCGUUCCGCAUCGAAUUUCUGCUUAUACCGUGUUUCGUGCUGGCCCUGCUGAUCAACAAUGCCUUUACCCCGCUGGAGAUCCUGUGGACGUUUUCCAUCUAUUUGGAAGCUGUGGCUAUCCUGCCACAACUGUUCCUGGUCAGCAAGACCGGCGAGGCGGAAAGCAUUACCAGCCAUUAUCUCUUUGCUCUGGGCUCGUAUCGUGCACUCUAUUUGCUGAACUGGAUCUAUCGGUACUACGCAGAAGGACACUACGAUUUGAUUGCUAUAUUUGCCGGCGCCAUACAGACGAUCUUGUACUGCGAUUUCUUCUACCUCUAUAUUACAAAAGUCUUGAAGGGCAAGAAGCUUCAGUUACCAGCGUAAAUCGGUUGGAAGAGAGUAACAGCAAUGUAUUGGAUCGUUUUCGCCGGUUGGAUUCAUCUUCCUUUCACUUCGUGUGGUAGUUUACGAGAGAUACGAAAAAACCGAUAGCAUUAAGCAACACAGCAAUGUGCGGAUCUUUCAAAUCAAUUUCAGACACACACUGGAUACAAAACAGAGUUUUUCCACAUCAGCAUCAGUGUCGUGACUUAACCUAAGGUUUUUUUUUAACAUUAUCAUGUCAUUCUCUUUGUAUUUUCCUGGCCAACAGACGGCCUUGCGAAAGCGAAACUCGGUCCUGCGGUGCGAUUGUGAGGUUGGAAUAAAAGCGAUUGCGCAAAACAAAGCAAAAUUAUAAUAUUAUUAGACUGUACUAUUAGAACAAUUAGCAUGCAAGAUUCACUUUCAAUAAACGAAAAGAAAAAAAGUAAAAACUAAACUGUUCAACCGUACCCGUCAGUUAAAAGCAUCGGUGAUGCUAAAACAAACUAACUUUGGGUUCCUCUAAAAUUCUUGAAAAUCAAUGUGAAAUUUAUAUCUACCAAUACAUUUGUAUAUCGUAUAAAAUCAUGUGAAAAAAGUCUACCCGACA